CAAGUUAAGACUGCCUCUGGUUUCACGAGGACGCUGCUUCGUUUCCAUGGAAACGGGAAAGCAAGGAAAAUGCUGAAGGUUCUUGUUUUGUGUCUGCUGAACUCCAGUGUUCCUAUACCGUGUACAAAGCAGGGGCUUUGGUCCAAAUUAAGAGGUGUUCUCUUGGACAACAGUAGUGACAUUUAUCAAACAAAGAAUGUAUCCUUCACAUACUGCCUGUGUAAUCACAAGGAUGUCUGCAAAAUGGAUGCUUCACAGCAAAUUAAUUUUAGACCACUGUGCCCCUGCUGGCGAUAUGACCAUAAUCAAUCUUGGCCAUAUUUCCAGCUUCAGGAAGCAAAUAAAGAUAACGCCGAAUCAAAGGGUGUGAUUACGGUGCACUUUUACCCAUGUGACACGAGGAAGGCCGCUUCGCGCGGCCUCACAGUCACUCCGCUGCAGCAAGUUAGCGGCUGUCCUCGGACACGCUUCCACGUUCUACGGGGCCUCUCGCUGAGGGAAAAACAACGGCUGUGCACAUGGACUGAGAGGAGGCUGACGACUUGGCAAUUAGUUCCUAAAAAAGAUGAUGCCAGGAAGAGUGGAGGAAGAAGAUUUCGCAGAGAUGUUCCCACUCCCCUCUCACCGCCGAUGACUCUAGCCACAAGCACUCUUACAGAUACCCAGAGCUGGACGGGCACUUCAAGCAGUACGCUGGCCUCGAGUGAUGUCACAAUGUCACUGUCAACAUUCUACCAAUCAGACUCAGCUACAGGCGGAGCCAGCUUCACUCAGGACUCCGUAGUGAAAUUAAUGUCCAUAUAUGGAACUCCCGUUAGUGUGGAAAGGUCCUCUGGCUUCCAUUUGUCAACUGAUCUUGCAAUCACAGAAGAUUAUAACCGGCAGCUUUCGGAUGCACUUCAAAAGACACCACUGACAGAGGAGUCCCACCAGACCUCUCCAACGCCAUCAUUCCAGCAUGCCGGCAGCUAUGGACUUAGUAGCGAAACGUACGCUAAUUCUGACUCAGAAAUUCCCUGGAAUAAGUUGUACAGUGAUAGUGAAAUGUCUUUGAACAUUUCCCUUGCAACCUCUGAUGCUAGCUUUAUUGAUGAUGUGGCGAGUGUUGAACCAACGGCAUUUAAAGAGAGCCUAGAUUACUGGCAUCAAACAUCAUUUCUGGUUGCGAGCCCUACUAGUAGGAUGACAUCGUUACGGGUCUCUGAUGGGAUGACGGUCAGCCCCUCUCUGUCAGAUGAAGAAAUGAGACAGGCUUCUGGGAGAAUGUCUCUAAAUAUCUUAAACGGUCCCAGUGAUGUUUCAGAUCUCAGCCCCACGUUCCGAGAGAGCAUCGUUGAGUCGGCAGGUUCUGAAGCAAUGGAAACCGGUGACACGCUGAUUCUGCAGUCUUCGACCGGAGGCCCGCCUCACUCUGCUCCUGCUGCUGGCGCCGGUGCUUCUGAUGAGUCCUUUGAGCCCAGUGCCCCCGCUACAGCCGAACAGUUCCCCCUGUCCUCUGUGCAUACAGUGCCGCACCAUCAGUCGUAUGAAUCAUCUCCAAGCGACUGGAGUUCUUCAGUCUACGGUGCCGGUACAUCAGAAGCAUCGGAUCCCUCAUUAACAGAUACACUUGAGGCUCCUUCCUCUAUGCAGCCCACCCCAGCGCUUGAAGACUCUAAAUUACCAGUUGAAUCUAGUGACUCAGUGACACCAAGCGAUUCGGAUUCAUUUGAAUACACAGUUCUAUUUCCCUCAGUUUACUCCCCUAGUCUGUACGAGUACAUUGGAAGUCAUUGGCCCCUCAGAACCUAUAGUGACCACAUCAUAGAUGUUUCAGCACAUACUCCUGUGUUAGUCAGUUCCAAGGGGGUUGGAUUAAAUGAACCUUUGACCUCCUCACAAGAAAGCAUAUGGCUCAAUUCAUCCACAAAGUAUCAGCUGAGCACUUCGCCUGGACUGGAGACCCUGUCAGAGUUUUCCACAGCGAGUUCUUUGCGUGAUAGUCAAGGAGUUACGACGGAACAGCACCCUCCAGACAGUUUGCAGCCCGCAUCGUUUUCUGGACUUAGCGGCUCUCAGUACCCCGUUUCUGUCUCCUCGGCAGAGAAUGUGAUGUCCAAUGUACUUGGACCAGUAAUGGAAACCAGAGUGAGUCUAAGCGACAGCGAGAUUGUUAUUGACGGGCUCCAGACUGAGGCAUUAUCUCCAACAGCCACAACUCGUUUGGCGGUCGUGACGGGAUCGAUUUUUGAUUCAGCGGGUAAUGGACUCUACACGGAGCUCGAGAGCGUGGGCCCCAGUUCUCCCCACGUGUCCUCCGAUGCGCCAUCAUCCACCGCCCUUUCCAAGGGUCCUCUCAUUCAUAGCCAGUUGGAGGCGCCGUCUAUUUCCCAUUAUUACGGCGAAGGCUUGGAGAGCUCUUCAAAUAUUGACUUCCGCUAUUCCGCGUCCCCCCUCCCUUCCCCGCUGAGCAGGCCUGGCUCUGCGUCGUCCGCCUCUGACGACGGCAAGGUCGAAGUCAAGGAGACCGUUUUGCAGACGGGGGGCUUUUUUUCUUCUGCCUCUCUGAAAGAAACGCCGAUUUUCAGUUUGGAAAGUUUCGGGGCGGGAGCUCUCGAAACUCUCUCAGUGUCGCAUGAAAAUGUGGACGGGGCAACUUUAGAAAAAUCUGCUUCUUUGUCCUUGCCAGUAGAAUCUGCUGAGACAUCUGUGUUUACAUCCCUCAAAGAUUUAUAUCAAUCUCAGAGUGUAACCGUCUCAACUGAAAUGCUCGAGGACACUGCAGGAUUUGACAGACAACCGGAUAACACUGUUUUUGCACCAAUAUCAUCUGUCAGUGUUCAGCAAACUUUGCAGCCUGAUUAUUCUAGUCGCGUGGACCCUGAAAGCUCAGGGCAAUUUCUUUGGGACACUCAAAGUGUGAGUCACCUUAUUCAACCAGUACCCGGGUCGUCCAUGCAUUUCAGUACAGAAGGAAACGAAUAUACGCUCCAUCCUUCUUUUGGUGUUAGUUCCAUCUUACAUCACAUCAGCAGCACAUUUAAAACGGUACCUGUAGAACUCGUACGAUCAACUGCCUCUGUGACAGAAAUGAUCGAUUUUGAAACGCGCACCUCAGCACAAAUAUCAGAAAAGACAUUUCUGCUUGAAGGUACAGAGCAAUUGUCUAAAAGUGAAAUUAAAUCGCUUAUCUCCUUGUCAUCAGCAGAAAAGCCAUAUUCAGAAGGCAUGACCCCCUCUUCAUCGAUUCUGGCAUUACAUCCGUCUUAUCUGAUGACAUCGGUCACCCUUUCGUCGUCUGUCUCUGAUGCCCUGCCGAAUUCAGCGAGCAGCGCAGACGGCGCGUCCGUAGGGGACGCCUCGGAUCUCUUAUCGCCCGGCUUUUCCACUUCCUCGUUUCCCGGCUCGUCGUGCGUAGGGGUGAACUCUGACACCCUCUGUGCGGCGCCUGUCUGGCUGUCAGCUGGUAGUUCCGCCUCCUCGCCAGCAGGGGUCAGUGCUGAACCUCGUUCCUCUUCGGCCUCUCGGUUCAGCCUCUCCCCCACCAUUGUCGGGACGUCUGCGGGAUUUAAGACAGAUUUGCCGGAGGGGAUAUCUACGGUAACGUCCGUCCAUUUUGGCUCGUACGGGCCGAGGACCGACAUCUGGCCCACAACCUCAUUCGGUCCCCCUGCUCCGCCCCUCAGCAUGGAGCCCACUCAGAUUUACAGAGGCACGUCGGUGCCCUCCUCUCCCCCAUCCCAGAGCAGGACUUUACUGGCUCCCCUGACUGGGCUGACAGCAGCCAUCACUCCGUCUCUGGUUCUCCCCUCUGUGACAAAAACAGUCCCCUCGUUUGCGGCAGAGUCCACCGUGGGAAUAACGGCCGCGUCCUCGUCGCUUUCGCCCAUCUCCUCACCCCUCCCCCUGACACAGUUCACACCGCCAUUGCAGUCAUCGUCUGCUACAACCACCAGCUCCUCCAUGACAGGAAAAUACUAUUAUUCUUCCAGUAUUCCAGCCACUAAGGCACCGUCAAUAAAUACAGAGCCGGGACCUACAUCUCAGCCAAUUACUGCGCCACAACUUACAUCUCAGCCAAUUACACAGCUGCGGCCACCUCUGAGUACCAGCGUGCUGGCGAGUGCCCCAUCUCUCUCUCUGGCUAAUAGCACUGUGUUAAAUGUGAUUGGCUCCUACUCAACACUGCCACUCCUCUCUCUGGCCUCAUUCCCAACCACCAUACCAACGCCUCUUCUCCCCACCUCCAAGGCCUCAGGCCUGGUAACGAGCGUGACCUCGUCGUCAGACGCGGCGUCGUCAAAGCCGGCGUCGCUGUCGUCCUCGACGUCCUCCCCUUCUCCUGUCAGCACGCCCAGGAGCCAGGGAGCGGAGACGAGCGGCUGGACGUCGGCGUCGCAGGCCGUCUCCCCGCCCGGCCCGGUCCGGCCCAACGGCACCUCGGCGCCCACCACCGCCGCCCCCGCCAUCCUGCAGGAGCAUCUGCUGGAGAUCGCCCUGCAGGUCAAUGGCACCGUCGACGUCUUCGCCGAGGGCUUCCGUACCGCGGUGGCCGACGGGCUCCUGCUCACCUUCCUGCAGGCGUCCCGGCUGAACCAGACCAGAGCGAGGAGAGCUGCCGACCCCCUCGUCACGGUGGAGAUCUACUCGGUCAGCAGGACCGCCGGCGACAGCGUCCUCGUGCAGUUCGUCGUGCUCCAGGACGGAAAGCCCAUGAGCGCGGCAGACGUUUUAACGAUUCUUAACAGGCUUCCAGACCUCCUGGGCACCCUGAAUGACAACCUGCCUUUCCCGGUGACCCAGGUUCCGUCUGCGGUGGCGGUGUCCCCGCUGGCUCAGUUUGCCGGCUGGCUGGCGGCGGUGGUGGUGCUGGCCGCCGUCUGCGUGCUCCUGGCCGCCCUCCUCGGCGUCUUCGCGAAGAAGUCCCAGGCGAGAGGGAGAGAGGCGCAAAGCGUCCAGAAGAGGGCGCUCACCCCGUUCAAAAAGGGCCGCCUGCACAUGUCCGUGGAGCCCGCCAGCGAGGCCGGGCCCUGGGACACUGAGGAGGGUGGGGCCUGGGAGGAAGGGCCGAGCGUGGCCACGCCCACCGCAGGCCCCGCCCCCCGCAGUCCCGAGUGGGCCGCCGCCCCCUCGCCGCCCCGCGAAACCCCGCCCAGAGGAAAGAGACCUGCCCCCCUUAAGAAGCUGAAGAGGAAGAGGAGGAAGGUGAAGAACACCACUCGCCAUCACCGCGCAACGCCGGAGGAGAGCAGCACAGAAGAGUCAACAGGAGACCGGGACACGGAGGAGGUCACACCUGGAAGACAAGUACCACAGAAUGCCAGUGGUGUGGGGCAGACACGGCAGCGACGCUUCAAGAGCACGGUGACACCCCUUCCUCGACUGCAGCCCCAAAGACUCACAGGUCAUCGGGUCAGCGGUGAGGAAGAGGAAGAGGAAGAAGAGCAGAGGCCAAGAGGAAGGGAGCGAGACAGCCGGGGUCUGCACAGAAAGGAGAAAGCACAGCCAUCAGUUCGCUGGGCCCCGGGAGCCGUUGUCGACAGCGACCAGCAGAGGAAGACCGAGGCAGAGCGGCAACGCAACAAGAAACGCCUGAGAGAGAAGCAGAGGCAGGCGCAGAGGGACUCCAGCCCGGGGCAUCGCCAUGGACACGCAGGGCAGGGCAACCAGGAGGGGCGUAGAGCCAAAAGGCGGAGCAGGGCUGGGGCGAGCCAAGCGGAGAGCGACCUGGCUGCGUGGAGGAGGGUGCAGGCACAGAUCUCGUCUCUCCUGGACCCGGAACUCGGAGAUUUCAAUGGACAUUCCAGAACAAUGCAAGGUGCUUUGGCCUUUCCUCGAAGUCCAGCACACUUCCAAGGAUACUCUUAUCCAAUGCCUCUGGAAUUUGUGCCGCCUGGCCCCAUGAUGGGGAGGGGGUACCCCUUCCCCUCGGCCGGGCCCCCGCAGCCGACCUCCUCGCAGCUGGUCAACAGCUUCGGGGCCUGGGCUCAACCCUGGCAGAAGGCCCCUAUCCCGAACACCAGGCACAACGCCGAGUUCCUGCGCAGCCUCCAACCCCCCUCCCAUCCCCCGCCGUACCCCCCCUCCUUCCACCCCCCGGCGCCACCACCGCCGCCACCGCACCCCUCCUUUUACCCGCAGCCCUCCGGCCUGGCCGACUCGCUGCUCGACGGGGGCGGGACCUCCAGCGCGGGCGGCCAGUCGCGGUCCCCGGAGCCCCCCAGCCCGUCCGCGUCCGCACGUCGCCCCGGCAACCCCCCGCUCAGCCCGGGCUCCCAGAACUACCUGCGGCAGCUGAGCGCGCUGAUCGCCGCGGGGCCCCCCCGGGCCGGGGGCAAGCGCAAGGCCAAGAGGAGCGCCUUCGCCAGGGACGACGGCGGGAGGCCACGCCCACAGCCGCCCGACGGGGAGGAGGGGUCGGAGUCCGCGUAGCGUAGCUGCUCUUGCGCGUAGACACGCAGGAUUAUCGCUCAUAAAAUACCACCAAUGCUUUUUAUAUUAUACGAUAGAUUAUAUUAUUAUACUAACUAUAUUUUUAUGGCUAUCUGUCUAAAUUUAUCUCGCCGUGUAAGUGUUUUAGAAAAGAGGUGUAUUGAGUUUUUGAUAAUGAUUAAAUGUUGCUGCCAUCAAUCCUGA